AUGUCCAGUGAAGAGAUUAAAGCAGCGCCUGUGGAGGCCGCCAUCGCAGACGCGAACGUGCUCGGCGAGAAGGACAUACAGAAGGAGGAGGCUGUUGUUGGGAUUGAGCGCCGGGAUACGGAGAGUACAAUUGAUCUGCCGCCGGAUGGUGGGUUGAAGGCGUGGCUCGUCAUCUUGGGCGGGUUUCUGUUCAUGGUUGGGACGUUGGGGUUGAAUAACUCAUAUGGAGCUUUCCAGUCAUAUUACAUCGACACCUUAUACACCACAACCAGCCCAGCCGUAAUCACCCUUAUCGGUUCGCUGGGCGGAACAGUGCUCAUGCUCCUCGGCGCCAUCGUCGGCCGCAUCGUCGAUAAGUUCGGAUACCGACCAUGCUUUAUCGUCGGUUUCGCACUCUGCGUCAUCUCACUCAUGUUAUCAUCAAUAUGCAACUCCAUCCAAGCACUUGUAUGGACCCAGGGUAUUUUAUUCGGUAUGGGCAUCGCAGUGGGAUUCACACCCGCCGUCUCGAUCCCGACCCAAUACUUUACCAAGAGGAGGGGAUUCGCGACCGGAUGUGUCAUGGCCGGUUCAGGGCUGGGUGGUGUACUAUACCCACCCCUCACCCGCGUCUUAAUCGAUAAAGUCGGUCCUCACUGGACCCUCCGCAUCUUUGGAUUCCUCACAAUCGCAAUCGUCGCACCCUCCAUCUUCCUCCUCAAACCACGUCAAAACACCGCCUUCCGCCGUGGACCCUUAUUCGACUUCUCCGCGCUCCGAAACAAGCGAUUCGUGUUGGCUAUUUUGGCAGUGAGUGUUGGUCAAAUGGCCGUGUUACCUGCUUACUUCUUCAUCGGCUCUUUCGCACUCUCCCUCGGCGCAACGAACUCGGCCGCAGUAUGGUUCACCGCUGUCCAAAAUGGAUUCGGUAUCCUCGGUCGUAUAGGGUGCGGCUUCCUCGCCGAUAAAUUCGGGAAAGUUAAUAUGUUGACGGUGUGCUAUGCGAUUUCUGGGACGGCGUAUUUUUGUUUAUGGGGGAUUGCGACGGGGACGAGCAUGUUGUAUGCGUGUGCGGCGAUUAAUGGCUGUGUUUUGGGGGGAAUUAGUAGUUUGACACCGGUUGUUGCGAGUCAUUUGGCGGGGGAUCAUCAGGUUGCGUCCAAAAUCGGCCUCCUGCUGACGUUUGCGGGUGUCACGCAGCUUGUUGCGCCGACGAUUAUUAGUGUUGUUGUUGAGAAGACGAGUUACUUCAAGGCUGGGUUCACGCUUGGUGGUAUGAUGUACUUUUCCAUGCUUUGCAUGAUUGGAGUGAGAUUGAUGAUCACGAGGAAAUUCAAGCAUAUUUGCUAA